AUGGCCUCAGGGUUCAUCCUCCUUGCCCUUUUGGCUUUGUCAGCUUCUAGUGCUCUUGCCUCCGACCCAGGCCAGCUCCAGGAUUUCUGCGUCGCUGACAGGACAUCCCAAGUUUUUGUCAAUGGAUUUGCAUGCAAAGACCCAAAGACUGCCUUGGCAGAAGAUUUCUUUUUCUCUGGCCUUCAGAUGGCUGGGAACACGAGCAACAAGCAAGGUUCCGCAGUUACCGCAGUUAAUGUGGCGCAAAUUGCUGGGCUGAACACUUUGGGCAUCUCCCUGGCUCGUGUCGAUUAUGCACCCUACGGUCAAAACCCACCGCAUAUCCACCCCCGUGCAACCGAGAUCCUGACCGUGCUGGAAGGCUCGCUCUAUGUUGGUUUCAUCACCUCGAACCCUGAAAACAAGUUGUUCUCAAAAGUUCUUAACAAAGGGGAUGUGUUUGUGUUUCCACAAGGGAUGAUUCACUUUCAGUUCAACUACGGAACCAACAAGGCGAUAGCCAUUGCAGCGCUGAGCAGCAAAAAUCCUGGAGUGAUCACCAUAGCCAAUACAGUGUUUGGAUCGAAUCCAUCCAUCUCAGGUGAUAUACUUGCCAAAGCCUUCCAGGUGGACAAGAAGAUGGUAGACCAUAUUCAAGCUCAGUUCUAGGA